CAGGGUUCUUGGUUCUGUUCGGACUGAUGGAGGGCGCCGGUCACAUCAACAUUGCGAUGAUAGAAGAUACCGGCACCAAUGGGACGUCGCCAUCAAAGACGCGUCCGGACUUUAACAGAACCAACCAGGCUUGUGGUUCCACUGUCAGCUUCCACAGCAUCCAGUAUAAAGUCCAAAUGAGGAGCGGCUUCUUCUGCAAAGCCAAACCAAACCCAAAGGAGGUUCUGACGGACCUCAAUGGGAUUAUGAGGCCUGGCUUAAAUGCUAUUCUUGGACCAACUGGAAGUGGAAAAUCUUCUUUUUUGGAUAUUCUGGCCGGGAGAAAAGAUCCUUUGGGUUUAUUAGGGGAAGUUCUUAUCGACGAAGCGCCACAGCCUCCAAACUUCAAGUGUCUCUCCGGCUAUGUGGUCCAGGAAGAUGUAGUCAUGGGGACUCUCACCGUGAGGCAGAAUCUAAGUUUCUCUGCAGCGCUUCGGCUUCCCGCCUCUGUGCCACAACGUGAGAAAGAAGCUCGAGUCGAUCAUCUUCUUAGGGAGCUGUGUCUCACCAAAGUGGCUGACGCUAAGGUGGGCUCACAGCUGACCAGGGGAAUCUCAGGAGGUGAGAGAAAGAGAACCAGCAUUGGGAUGGAGCUGAUCAUCGAUCCUGCGGUUCUGUUUCUGGACGAACCGACCACCGGACUCGACGCCAGCACAGCCAACUCCGUCCUGCUGCUGCUCAAAAGGAUGGCCAGUCAUGGUCGAACUAUAAUCAUGUCCAUCCACCAGCCGCGCUACUCCAUCUACCGGCUGUUUGACACCCUGACUCUGUUGGUUGGUGGGAGAAUGGUGUACCAUGGACCAGCCUCCAACGCUUUGGACUACUUUACCAACAUUGGCUAUCCAUGUGAGCCUCACAACAACCCAGCCGACUUUUUCCUGGAUGUUAUAAAUGGAGACUUCACGAAGCCAACAAAAGUUCACGACACAGCAGAUCUGACUUUUGAGGAACUUGGUUCUACCAGGCAGAACAUCGAGGAACGCCUUGUAGAAGAGUUCAAGAACAGCAGCUACUCUAGCGAAACACGAGCCGAGUUAAGGCGUAUUCUCCAAACCAAGGAAUGCGCAUCGCAGAUGAGGCCUUGCAGCAUCACCUACCACACCUCCUUCCUUCACCAACUCCAAUGGGUUUUCCAGAGAACCUUCCAGAACCUCAUGUUGACUCCACAAACGUCUGUGGCCCAGGUGGGAGUCAACAUUUUCCUUGCCCUCGUUGUAGGAGCCAUUUUCUUUGCAGUCCAAGAUGAUCAGAGUGGUCUUCAAAACAGGAUGGGCGCGCUCUUCUUCAUCACGACCAACCAGUGUUUCAGCACCGUGUCUGCAGCCGAGCUCUUCAUCACAGAGAGGAACCUGUUUGUGCAUGAGUAUAUCAGUGGCUACUACAGAGUGUCUGUGUACUUCCUAUCUAAAAUCCUCUGUGACCUCGCCAUGCGAACCGUCACCUCUGUUAUCUUCAGCGCCGUCGUCUACUUUUUGAUUGGGCUGAAGUCCACAGUGGAAGCUUUUCUCAUCUUCACGUUCACAGUGACCCUGGUGGCCUACACGGCCACAGCCAUGACCAUGGCCAUCUCAGCCGAUCAGAGCGUCGUCGCUCUCGCCAACAUCUUCAUGACCAUAACGUUUGUCUUCAUGAUGAUUUUCUCCGGUCUGCUGGUGAACCUUCCCAGCAUUGUGGACUGGCUGGCUUGGCUGAAGUACUUCAGCAUUCCUCGAUACGGCUUCGCAGCCUUGAAGAUCAACGAGUUUGUGGGUUUGAAUUUCUGCGAGGAGCCGCCGAUCCAGAACACCAACAUGUCUGCAACAACGGCGGGCUGCGGUGUGAGCGCAGCGGGCCAGAUGUGUACAGGUGAGCAGUACCUGGACUACCUGGGGAUAGAGUACAGCUCCUGGGGAUUGUGGGAAAACCACGUGGCGUUGACUGUUAUGAUGGUCGUGUUCCUCUUCAUCGCCUACCUGAAACUGCGCUACAUCAGGAAGUUCACCUGA